CAACCCCUAGGCAUGGUGGAGAAGAUGGCCGCCCAUCCCUGGGUGUCGAAGGCGAUGUUCUGCAGCGGCUUCGUCGUGGGCUUCUGCCUGUGCUUCGCCGCCAUCAGCCACUUCAGGGGGAUCCCUCGGGCUCAGUGGCUCCACUGCCUGCCCACGCUGUGCAGGGCCCCUGCUGCUGACCCUGAUCCCGCCCCCCUAGUGACUGGCGCAAGCGACGGCCCGUUGGCGCCCUGGGGACGGCUCAUCUGUUGGGUGGCGGCCAAUCAGGAGGCGCCCUAUUCUAGGAGCUUCCCGUGCUGCUCCGGCGUAAUGCUUCUGGUUAGCUCCACCCCCGAUCCCAAUGCCCCGGGGGCGCUUCCCCCUCUUGAGGAACAGGAAAAACUGCGCCAUAAAACCAUGGCCGCCUUCAGCGCAUUCAACCGCAGGUACAACCGCUUCCGCAGGGCAGCCGACAACGCCCACGUGGCUCUGGAGAAGCUGAGGCGGACCCUCUCCCAGUUCCGGAAGCGUCCGGUACUGUUCCUCGACUGGGGACCCAGGACGUGCGGUGGGCGGGGCCACGCGCUGAGCCGGCACGCGGCGCCGCGAUUGGUGGAGGCGCUGCGGGACGACCCCUCCCUAGAGUUCGUGCAAGUGAGCUGCUGCCCAGAAAUGGCGAGAGGCCUCGCUGGAGACACCGACGCCCACGACGGACCAAUCAGCUUCCACCGCCUGUGACCGCGGGGCACUGUUCCCUGGGACUGACCUGAACGUGAUGAUAUUCUUCAUAUCAACAUUAUCGAAAGCACUUUCUUACUACUGGUAUUUUCUCAAGAAAGGGAAAACAACUGAUUCAUAUUUCUUAUUUAUGUAUUUUUUGCAAUUGUCAUGAAAAAUGCUUUACCACCACGGAGGUGGCAUGUUUAAAUGACCCUCCAUGCAGAUGAAAGAUGGGCUCUUGGAUGUAACAGGGGAACCAUGCUUCUUUUAUCUGGACCACGGGUAAUGAUUUGUGAUCGACCCGAAAUGUGACUUAUAUAAGAUACCUUUACCAGAACCACUUACAGCCCUGUUCUCCCCAUUUAAAAAAUUUGCAUUGAUGUACAGCACGUACGAACCUGGGUCAAGUACAUAUUUGUUUUGUGUUCAAAUACUUUUCUGCGCUCUGUUUGUCCUGCCUGGUGUAACUGAGCCUGCCAAUAU